CGCUCUGUCAGUCAUAUCCGACUUUCUGAGAGCUCCGAGACAGAAACACAAGAGAAAACAUAACAAAAACUCAGAGAAAAAUGUACUCACGAUCAAACAGCAUGACUGUGACAGUCAAGCGGGAGAGCUUCGCCUUCUCCAGGAUGGCGACCCGCAGCACAGAGCCGGAGGUCUUCACCUUCGAGCGGGUACCGGCUCAGGCCACCGCCAUGCGCUCCUACGUGCCGAUCCGGCCGAAGAAGCGCUGCACCCGGGUCAUGUACCCUGCUAAAGUCCGCAUGCACCUUCCACCACCGGAGAAGAACCAGGCCAAGCGCUGGCUGAUCAUCCUGUGCCUGGUGGUGUUGUGGCAGAUCUACACCGAAGAGCCCUGCGCCGAGACCCCGCUGGGCAGCGCAGACAGCUCGGUCAACGACUACCAGGGUUUCUCCUUCCAGUCCGCGGAGGAGCAGGCGCUGACAGACCUCAGUACCACGCCGGCCGGCAGUGACGGCAGCCGCUCAGUCACCGAACAGAUCAUCCCGAACCCUAGCCCCACGCCCGGCCCGGAGACAGAGAGCAGCCGGUUCGAGCAGAGCGCCGAGAAGGGCUACGUAGUGGCCCUGCUGGUCUACCACAGACUGGGCAGCGACAACUAAAGCCUCCCUGGACUCAUUUAGGCUACCUGUAACUCACCAGAGUGUGUGUGCUUCUGGGAUAGAAAAUGAACCUAGCUGGAGUUGAUCCUCAGCAGCUGCUGGAGAACAGCGGUGCGACCCGGGCGGUGCAGCCGGGCAGAUAGCUCCAUGAGCCGGCUUCUCCCGGCUAGCAGUCCUCCUUUUCUGAGAGUGGAGGAGGACACAGUCUGGAAUGACAGACACUUGAAAUAAAGAAAGAAAUAACUGUGAACACUUACAAAAAACUGAAACUUGAACUAAAGAACACUUGAACGUGUCUAUGUGUGUGUGUGAUUUACACACAUACUGGAACUGUACUCUAUUUGGAUGUUUUACCAGUUUAAAUAGGCCUAAGUCUUUGAAAACUGUCAAUACUGUUGGCCAACGAGCUGAAAGAGACGCUACACUGUCUGUUGUCUAAAUGUCUUAUUUAGUUAUUUAUUCUAUUUGCUAUUUAUUAAUUAAUAA